AGUGUAUUUUCAAACGCCGUGACGUUGUUACCCGGUCCGCUAUUUCAAAUUUGUGCGCGAAAAUACGGAAAAUAGAAACGUGAAGCCGGUGUGUGAUGCUCGUGAAUAUUUUCGAGGCGCUCCACAUUGAUUAUAGUUUACUUUUAAAUUUCGGAAAAUAAGGUGCUUGAAAGGAAGUGACCUCUUGGAUAAUUUUAACCUUCUUAUCUUCAAAGAUACCAGUCAGACGAUUAGAAAAAUAAUGGAUUUUGUUUUUUGUUAUUCUAUUGGAAAAUGUGUGUUGUAAUUAUAGUGUUGUGUACAAUGCAAAUUUGAUUGUGUGCCAAAAGAGAAAGUGGAUUUUUGUUUGAAAAUUGUGCGAUACGGAUAUUUUCUAUUUACCAUGGAACUUAAAGUAUUGUGUUGUGUUAUAAUUGUCAUUCAAGGAGUAGUUUCUCUACAUCUCGUUGACUUGAGGAUACCGAGUCACGCAGUUCGGAAUCAGAGUGCGAAACUCGAGUGUCAUUUUGAACUGGACGGCGAAACGCUUUACUCUGUCAAGUGGUAUAAAGACGGAAACGAGUUUUAUCGUUAUGUCCCGCGAGACAUGCCUCCUACUCAGACUUUUCCGCUUCCUGGAGUUUCAGUCGAUAUGCACAAUUCGACAGAAAGUGUUGUUGUUUUGUCAUCAGUUCAAUUAUCAUCCACUGGUUUGUACAGAUGCGAAGUAUCCGGCGAAGCUCCUUUCUUUGAAACUGUAACCGAUCAUCAAAAAAUGACAGUUGUUGCUCUUCCAGAGGAAGGUCCAAAAAUAACAGGUGGACGUCCGCGCUAUCAAGUAGGCGACACUGUUCGUGUGAAUUGCACAUCAGGAAAAUCAAAACCAGCGGCGCAACUGAAUUGGAUGAUAAACGGGGAACCAGCGGAUCCAAAAUUUCUGAUAGGACCUGAAAUAAUAGUUUUAGGUCGAGAAGGUCUGGAAUCGUCUGUUUUGGGUCUGGAAUUCGUUGUACGACACAAGCACUUCAAAAGAGGAAACAUGAAGUUGAAAUGUUUGGCAACAAUAGCCACACUUUAUCUCGUAAGUAACGAGGAAAGCGUUGAAGGAGAGAGGCCUCAAAAAGCCUCGGUGUUAGAAAGUCGAGGGACUGCAGCUCCUUCUGGAUCCAGGGCCGACAGGGUGCAAGCUACCUCCAGUCAACGAGCGUACUUUUUGAACGCAAUGCUGCUGACACUUUGCUCUAUUUCGGUAUACAUGUCUUCUUUAUCUUUGAGAUAAUUUUUCAGUCAUUUACACAGUGUGACGACGUUGAUCGUUUACGAAAAUAAAAACGCCAAAGACACUGAAAUUGUGAGUAAGAGAGUUUUUUGAUUAUUCGCUUUGAACAUUCCCUUUGUAAAUUUUCAGUUUGUUCCUUUCAUCAGUGUAGUUUCAUAUGGCACUAAAUUGUUUCCAUUGUAACAUUUUUUCUAUGUGAGAACGUACGAAAUCAUUUUUUCCAAACAACAUAAAAAAUAAACACAAACUGUUCAUUAAAUAUAUACUUUAAUUGGAAUACUAUCAUACAAUAUGUCAUCAUUUUCAGUUCUAUAACCUCUCUAUAUUGAGACAACGAUUAUAUAACCCAUGUUUUUAGCUAUUUUGUGACAUUUUCUAGUUUUAUUGGUAAAAGAAAAUUUGAAAUAAUGAAUAAUUCUUUGAAGAAAUCGUUUGUGAAUAUUUAAAAAGAAUUCAAAGCACCUUUCACUGCAUAAACAACGAUUGUAUAAUGCGGUCUAAUUGAAAAAUUUCAUGGAACCUAUCAAAAACUUAUUUUUGGAAUUAUAUUGUAAUCGGCUUCCGGAACUAGGUCACUAGAUUUACAAGAAAAAGUACGCGUAGUUAUUUUUUUAUCUAAAUUGAUAUAUUUUAAGGAAAGAAACGGAUACAAUUUGCGACUCUGGCAUCCAAUUUUUUGUCACAAUUUAACAUCCAUUAUUACGUUACGCAGAAAAUACGUUGGUCAUAAUACAUUAUAAUGGAAAUAUAAUGAAUGGGGUGAAACUAUUUACCCAAAUUUAUUAGAUUGACUUCCUAGCAAUAUCGAUCUUUUAUUAAUUUCAAUAGUAUGUUCAAUGUUGAAGAUUUCAUGUUAUUAUAUUUAUAAACCACUUAAUCCGUAUUUUUUUACCGAUAACAUCAAAAACAUUAACAUUUCAUGAUGUAUGCACUUCAUCUAAAAGUCAUAUGAUUUUAUAAAAUAAAAAAACAACAAAGCAUUACAGCAAAUGUUCAAAAGUAUUUCCCACAGAUUCUAUACUAAACUACAAAACGCGUUACAAACUACAACGCGAAUGCGUUUUUCGAACCCACAGAUCGUGUUUGAUAAACCAAACCUUAUCAAACGGAAAUAUUUCUGGUGACCUGGGAGGCCAAGCUGUUUAUGAGAAGUAACUUUAUUCUAUUGUUGGAGAGUUGUAUUUAGUUGUGCCAAAGGAAUGUCUUCCAUGAAUUCAGGGGAUUUAUGUAAAGGCAAAUGUGAAUAUCUUUCUCAUUUUUACAAUUUCAAUGAGCCCAAUGUGAAUUUUUGUUUAGCCAAUAAAGCACAUCAAAAGUAUUCACCAUAUUAUUGUUAAGAAAGCGGCUUCCUGCCUCCAUGUAAUUUAAAAAAAUUAUAGACAAUCUCCACAUCAAUUAGGGAAAUAAAAUUCAAUCAAUACGAUUUAGACUUAGAACCGAUUUAAUUUUGUUCAUUAGUCUUCAUGAUUUUCUGUACUUUUGCUACAUGGAAAUCAAAAUAGUAUCUCACAAGAUUUAGGUGUGUUGUAUAAGAGGCACCAUGUCAGCUACCUGACGACGUUAGAUAAACUGACCUGAGCAUUUUUCUAACAUAUCCAUCAGAAACUAGCAGUAUGUUAAUUUAUUCGUCUCAAAUCGAUGUAAAUGGCAUUGUAGAUACUUAUAUCCAUUAUUUUUCAAUUGAUAUUUGUCUAUAGUGGAUACUGUUGAAUUACCGUUAUCAAUUAUAUGACUUUAUUCUUGACAAUUUUUAUCAACAGGAAUGUAGGUACUUUUUAUUUUCAUAAUUCAGUGGAGCAGAAAGAUCACCAAAUGUUUUUGAUGUUAUGGUUGAAAAUAUAAUAAAAGGUAUGUCAUAUGUUUAUAUUCAAAAUAGAAUAACACGCAAUUUUUAAUAAGUGAUAGAUACCUACCUCGGAACUGUCUCAUUCUCACAAUCACCUUUUAUCCACAAUUUGUGACUUACCAUCCAAAAGUGAUAAAGAAAACUUCAUCAUGCAAGUGAUUAAAUGAAAAAUUACAAUCUUAAAUCAUCUCAUUAAACUUAUGUAAUAAUUAUAUUCUCGUCAAUAAUAAUGAACAUUUUGUUAUUUACUACAUUCCUAGACUAUUUAACACAAAUUAUCAAAACAUUCUUUCCACGAAUACUUUAAAAUUAAAAUUAAAAACUAAGAGAAUUCUUUGGCAUUCCAUGAAGUUUUUGGUUUGAAUCACAAAUAUCUUGUUUGAGUUGAGUUUAUAAUAGAAAUUUCUAUUUCAUCAUUAUUCUCGCUUGUUGUUAUCCGAUUCAUCAAUUUUAAAUUAUACAGUGCUGGCCAAAGCUACGAUAAGGAGGCUACUCACAUUUCUACUAGUCAGAUCACGUUAUCACUAUCUUGUGGUAUCACAGUAGAAGAAACAACGACAGAUAAAUUAAAUAUCAUUAUUCUUGUUGGUUGCCCUUUUUCAUUUUAAACAAGAGUAACUGACUUAAAUUUUGAGCCCGUGGUCAUACCAAUUACAGCUCCCGUAUAUUAUAUUUCACUUUAGAUACGGCUCUUCAGCUAUUAAUAGCAGAUAAUAGUGAUAAAAUAAAUUCAUCAGAGAGUAAGGAGAAAGACCACAACGAUACUGAUCCGUCUUGUGAAUCGGAUAGUGACAGUAAGAUUUCUUCUUUGAUCCUUGUACGGACCAUACUUUGCGGAAAAGAUAAGCUCAAACGAUUAUCGUUAAGCCCAAGGUCAACAAGACGAAAAGAACAUGGACGUUAGACCUGAAGCUACAAGCCACAAGCAUAUAUAAGAAUGAAUUAAAUAUCUUUGUGUUGCUUUCGUCAUCCAUUAUGGAUGAUAUGGUAAAUCCAUACCAAUGCUGAAAUUAUAAUAAAAUCUGAAUAUUACAAGAAUAUAUUUGCUACUCGGAGAUCAUCAAUUGCUAUUAAGAUUAGAGCUUUUAUUGGGAUUCUCACGUUAACUGAAGUUAUAGAGGUUAACCACUUGCUAUCAAAGGAGAUAUUUGCUACUACUUCAAACUAGCUCGCACGAUUCUAUUGCACAAAUUUUGACGUAGUAGGUCCAGCUUAACUCUUGAGAACAAAGAAAGAAAAGCUGCUGGUUGCGUAAUAUCACAGACAUUAGAAAUAUUUGUGUCAUAUGGCAGCCAGCAAAGGGAAUUAUGACAAAAGUAGUUGCUACAAGUGCAUUAUAUACCAAAGACAAACUUGAUGAGACAUACCAAUGUCAAAAAGUUUUUCACCAAGAUGUUAACUUUUCAUUGAUUCUAUUUAUAAAUAUAUACUUUUUGAUUUUUUAUCAAAGCAUUUUGAUUUAUUUUGGAUGGCAUUUAUAAAAAAAUCUGAUUAUGUUAUAAAUGAGUGAUUGAAUUGAUAAUGAGAUUACAUGUUUGUUGAUGAAUUAUUUUAAUUCGAGUUCAGUCCCGUUAUUUCGUGAUACGUAUUAACAUGAAAAAUUCAGAUUAUAAUUAUUUCUCUCUAGAAUAUAUUUGAAGGCAAAAAUUUAUUACAGUAGUUUAAUAAAUAUUUAAUUUAUUAGAAAAUAUAAAACAGACGAUUAAAAAAGUCAGAAUGUGAAAUUAUACAAUGUGCUUUUAAAACUAAUGACAAAAAAAUAAAUCUUAUGUAAAUUCCGACAGUGUACCAAGCAGAAUACUGCUGAUUAAUAUGUUCAAACAAUUGACUUAUUGGAGUCAGAUUAUCAAUUUUUCUCCUUUCUCCUCUGGCGAAAAAUUCAGCAGCAGUUCCAUCACUACUCCAAAAGUUAAACGUAUGUAAAUGAUGACUUCUGAGGACACCUGUAAAAAACACCAAUAAACGUAUUUAUUUUAACAUAAUCUGCGGAAAGAGGAUUCCGUUCGCAUAUAUGCAUCUUUUUUAGUUUCUGAUUUGCCAAUAAUAUCAUCGGUUCAAAAUAAUUUCCAGCAAUCCCAAAUUGUGGUGGCAAUUUUAGCAAUUGAUCAAACCAAGUUUGUUAUAAUAUUUUCUUGUGCCGUUUUUAAUUUCAGCCCAUAUGGUCUACGUUUUAGUCAUUCCAUUCCAUUCUUACCAACCAUUAUUGUUACUCUACCAGCUGUAUUGGCAACAUUCAAAAUUUCUAAUUUGACUAUUCACUAUCGGUAUUUUCAUUUACAUGAUUUGAAGGAGCUUCGUCAAAGUCACUAUCCCAAUCCACUGCUUCUUCACCACUAGAAAUUUCCUCAAACCAUUUGAGACGCUGCUUUUCCGUUUUGGAAUCCAUAUUCUAUAAAUAAAAUCCAUACGGAACGAAGACAUAUGGAAAUAACAAAAGAUAAUACGUUAAUGAUCGAGUGUUAGAUUUAAUCUAACUAAAAUCAGCACCUCACUGCGGACAACGCUGAACUGAAAGACGCUGCGCGUACUCAUGGUUAACACUGGACUUGAGACACUUAAUUGCGGUAGAGCCAUAUUGCAAAAUUUUUGGAAGACAUGUUAAAUUUUUGCUAACAACGCCACCGCUCCAUGUUUAUUGUAAAAUGAUAUAACAGAAAUGAAUAUAUUAUUACUUCAUUAAACUACUAAACAGCGUAGUCGGAACGACGAUGUUUAACAAUAAGCGUUGAAAAAUGAUAUUUGUGUUUUAGGGUUAAAAUGCUCACUGGUUUUGUAGUGCAAUAUAUUAUUGGAUCCAUCCCUGUAUUGUAAUCAUUUUAUGUAAUUUAUAUGAAAAUCAUGUAUUUAAACAUCCUCUUUGUUUCGUAGUCUCUUUGAUCUGUUAAUGAAACAUCCAACUAAUACAUAUUCAAAGCUCAUGAAAAAUUCAAUUACAAAAAAAGAUUCACAAAUUUUGAUAUACGAUGACUUAACAUCAAAUGUACUUUGAUUACCAAAAGCUUUGUGUAAUAAUAAUAACAAUAAUACAUAGAUUAACAAUUUAAACAGGUCGUAUUUCCUUUUGUUUCGAAUGCUAAAUGAUUUUUUAUUGAGGUCGAUAAAUCAGGGGGUUUAGAAAAAAAAUGGGGUCAGGAAAAAUUUUUCAAAGGAAUACUAAAGCAGAGAGAUAUUCCUUUGUACUGAAAAUAUGAUUUACGUAUAAUGACUUCUAGCAUUUCCAUGUUCAUAACGACUAUCAAAGAGAAAAUAUAUUUUCUUAUAUUCUUUGGUGAACAGUAUUUCUCAUAACAUAGAAUAGAAACGUGUCAAGUUAUUGAUCCAUAUUUAAUAAGAAAAAUUUUGUGUCCUUAUGCUAGUUACUUGUGUAAUUUUCACAGUGAUUCCAAUCAAGAAAAACUGAAGAUUUGAUUUCGUACUUCAAAAUUUCGCAAUAUUGUAUAUAUCUACAUCCUUGAAUGUUUAAAACAAUCAUACUUACUACUAGUCGUCAUCCUUUUGAAGGCAAAUAAUGUUAAUUUUCCUUUUCUAUGCGUAAAAGUAUGUUCACUUUCAACUUAACUGAUUAAGGCCGCUUGACAUGGUGCACGCAAUUUCAUGCAGGGUCAAAACAUUGCAUACAUGAAUAUUGCACGCUGCUUGAUAUUCUGCAACUCUCUUUCAUUGCUUUAUGGCUUCCACUAACAUAAUUUCCAAUAGUAAAAGCAAACUAAAUAAGUGACGAAGUGAAUAAGUCAUCAGUGAAUCGCUGUCAACAAUUAUACUGCUGCUGUGUUAUUUUUGGAGCCUGAUAGACAGGUUGGUUGUUAAACCAAAAGAUUUCUCACUAAAAUUGCAACUUGCACACAAUAAAAAUGAUAGCAAACCGAUAAUAUUGCAAGUGUGAGGUCUUGCAUAAAUUAUUCAUCAGCUCAACUUCAUCUGCGUAUGCUUUUGAUCAAGAAAUAUUGCGCCUUGCAUUACACGUUGUAUUGCAUCAUGUCCAGCGGCAUUUAGCUAAACUUCAUCUGCGUAUGCUUUUGAUCAAGAAAUAAUACGUCUUGUAUUGCUUUGCAUGUUGUCUUGCAUCAUGUCAAGCGGUCUUAACUAUAUUAUUCAAUAUGCUUCAGAUUAAGUUACAUUCUAUAUCAUAAUUACAAAUAUUUGAUUUUCAAUAUGAAAGUGGAUACCUUUGAUUUCAUAACGCAAAGGACAUAAAACUUGAUCGUAUAAUUUCUAUCAUAGUUAUAAGAAGAGAGAAUUAAUGUAUACAUAGAAUAUGUUAUAGUGUAAUUGAUUGCAUACCGUUUUGAAAUAUUCAAAUUUGAUACUCCAAUUAGAUAGUUAGAUAUUCAUCAAUUGUUGGAAUUUGGGUCUUUGUGUGUAAUAAUUGAUGUUUUAGUUCUCCAAUUUACAAUUGCAAAAGUUCAUAAGCUGCAUCGUUAUUAUUAGUCAUAUCAUAAAUUUUAUUAUAAUAAUGAAAUGUUUUCAAUAAAUUGGAAAAUAAGCUAUAGACAACAAGGUCAAUAUUAUAGUCUUAUAAUUAACAUUCAUGACAACCUGAUUAAUGCAUCGAGAAGCAUUUACGCACAUCCGCGAUUUGUUUUAUCUUGAUUGAAUAGGAAUUGAAAUUAAUGACAAUCAUAAUGGGAAAUAAGAUGGACUCCAGAAAAUGAUUUUAAUUUCUUAUAGGAAAAUGUGAGGAUAGUUAGCCCAACUUAGAAAUUAUAUUUAAAUAAUUUUAUCCACAGAUAUAGAAUUGUCGUUUAUUCAAGAAUAAAUCUUAUAGAACUUACAAAUUAUGCACAAAUAAAAUUAUUCCACCAACUCCAGCACACUGUUGAGAUGACAACUUAGAAAAGGUAUUUUAGCAAAAAAGUCAUUUCGUUUUGCACAUAAAAACACUACAUUUGUCACCAAAAUCAACAAACGAGCAUUUGAAACAACCUACAACGUCAGGUUUUAUGAUGUCAUUGCUCUUGAAUCCUCAUCCAAAGUUGGAAGCUUAGUUGGUUUUUCAUUCGAACAUUUUUGAUUUCAUCAAUGCUGUUAUUUUAUUUCCAACGGACUUUCUCUGAUUUUUUGCGGCCUAUUCCGAGUGCGUUCAGGCGUUCUACCUAACCGAUUUGCUUAAUUUUUUUCUCAAUGAAAGGUAUUGAUGCACAGAUCAGCCAUCAACCAUCGGAUUUCAUCUAAUUUUCACCAUUCUCAAGUUAUACUCAAAUGCGAUUUCCCCUUGUACUUAUGGGAGUUUUUCACAUACACACGUUCUAUCCUCAAUAUCUCAGGUUCUAUUCAAGAUAGAGACUUCGUUUUGGUUUAAGAACACUCGCUGAAACACCCCCUUUCUUUUGAGUUUUGACCACUUGAGGUUGAGUUGUAGAGGAGCUAGGCGCGGACAUUCAAUGUGGAAUUAUGGAUUUUUGUAGGUUUUUGGCGAUUUUUCUACAUUCAAAGAUCUAUAUCUCAGGUUCUAAUAUAGCUACAGAGUUCGUUCUUUUCUAUUAUAAUGAUUUCUGAUACUUAUUUAAUGGAUUCGAUGCGAGCGAAGCCGCGGGUAAAAGCUAGUUUGUCUUUAUUUUCAAUUUUCAUCUGGGUGAUUAAUAUUUCUACCAGGUUGCUUGCUUUUUCGUCGUCAGUACAAGCAAUCGGAACAAGUGUGAUGAUAUCUAGUGUAUUUUCAGUGGUACAUUUCAUUGAACUAGUUUCGUUUGUUUCUAAGGCGCAGGUUAGUUGGAUUUUUGGUAUAAUUUCACUCACAGAUCUUCAACAAUAGCAAGGUUGUUGAUUUUCAUCAGCUGAAACUUCAGAAUUACUUUUAGAACUACCAGCAGUAUUCAAUGUUUUAAACGAAAAAGUGGCGGUCAUUAAAAUUCAAAAUUUUUUUUGAAAUUAAAUCAAUAAUCAGAGUAUUUUUUUUAGAAAACCAGUAUUACCAGCUAUUAUUUGGAUGAUGUUGUACAUAGAUCAAAUCCAAUUUUUUCAAAAAUCAAUCAUCAAGUUUAUUUAUUACAUAGCUCAAUACCAGACUAUAAAGGGAGUCUCACGACGAGUUGAAACUAUCUGUAUAUAGCAAAAUACUUAUAGUAAAAUCAUGAAAAUUUCUACGUUCCUACAUUUAAUAUAUGGAUAACGGUGAGGUUUAAGUAUAGGAAAGUAUACAUGAAUUUGCCUUAUGUUUUACACCUGAAUGCAUUAAAAUAGAAAAAAAGGGGUGGUUCUAUUUGAAAAAAUGAGAAUUUUGAUAUGUUUGAUAUUGAUAAUACCCACCUAGUAUAAAUAAAAAAUUUUUCAACAUAGAUUCAAAUACGUCUAAUCUUGCUAAAAGCAACCGAACAGAAAUCAUUUUCAUAUCUUCAAGGGUAUGCACUUUUCGGAAAUUAUACAAAAAUUUCACGUAGAUUUCAAAAAUGUAUCAAUAUACAGGGUGUUAAAAAUAACAGAGUUACAGUAGACUUCCGGUAGAACCGGAAGUUGGCCAUCUCUGAAAAUACUUCAGUUAUAAAGACCGUAUAUGAAAACCCAAACGUAGGAUUUUUCAUGAUUUUGCGUACUAUGAGUAUUUUGACAUAAACAUAUGGUUUUAACUCAUUACACAUAUACUAACGGAACCCUUUCUGUACCCUGUCCUAUUUUCGAUUCAAAACAAAGGAACAUAAAAUCUUUAUCUGAGAGCUAGGGGAACGUAAAUAAACAAAUUCACAGACAACUCGAAUACCCUUCAAACUCACUUUUCGAAACUCACAACAAACAUUCAGGACUGUGGACAGUUGUCUUUUCAAAUAUUUUAUAUUUAUUUGGUCUUUGAUGACCACAAUUAUGAAAAAUACGAUUUCUUCCGAAAAUUGGAGAAGAUUGGACUUCGUUAUGAUAAUUCAACAUUUGUACUUAAUAAUGAAUGAUAUCUUUUACAUACUUAAUAAUAAUUGAUAAUAUCUCAAAACAGCACAUUUUCUUCAAAAAACAUUUUUAUUGAGCUUUCAAUUCUUAUAAAUGUAACUGGAGAAAGUUUCCUACAAAGGAAAGUCAUUUUCAUUAUCGCGCCCAAAACUGACGGUAGAAUUUUGAUUUCGAUUUUUCAUUUAUUCCUGAUACGAAAGUUAGUAUGGAAAUGAGUUCGUUUUUUCGUGGUGUACUGUUGAGAUCCAACUAUCUGAAAUCGUCUUCAAAAUUGUUUUUGUAGAACUGCACUUGAAUGCUCUAUUUCCGCAGCUAAGCCACAUCGUUAUUGAUAUCAUCGGUGUUGAAAUGAAGAGUGAUUCACUAGUUUUGGUAACGACGAAUUAAUUUUUCUGUCUACAGUUAGCUGUAGAAUUCAUCCAUCGUUGCAUGUGAUAACUAAGUAAGACAUCUGGCUUUUUUUGCUCUUUCUUUGAUGCUGUCUGUCCGUCGACUUUGAUAUAUUUAUGGCUGAUCAAGAAAUAUUUGUGGAGUUUUAAAAUUGCUUUAUAGAAGCCAUCGAUACCGUAUUCAUGUAUUCCAUUUUCAUCCAAUAUUUUAUAGUAUUUACCAUGGAUUGUGUAAGUUAAAGUCUGGAGCUUCCGAAGAUAGAAACUCUGUAAGUUUGUUAGGUUGGGUAGUAACUGGAGUCACUUUUUUUAAGCUCUACCUAAUAAAACUCUCAUAAACAGCACUUUAUUUUAGAAAAUAGUAUUUAGAGAAUGCAUGUCGUUCUAACUUGAUAUAUUUGAAACGACAAUGAAAAAAGUCAAUAAGAAACACAAUUUAAUGAAACUUGAUCUCAUGGCCCUCUAGCUCCAGUACAAAAAGUAAUUACGCUAUUAAAAGAAUAAACAGAAUUCUAAAUUCUCCAAUUUAAAAGGUUGUUUAUUAGAAAACUUGACAUAAGUCAAACUUUCCUUACCUAGAAUUAUCGUUUGUUUACACUCUAAUUGGCAGGAUAGAAAUUAAAAUUGCAUACUCACUUUCUUAAUCACGUUCAAUAAAAUUAUUUGUAAAUAUUUGUUCUGCUUAAUUAUAUUGAAUAUCAAACAUUUUUCACACCAAUCAAAUUUAUACAGACUAUCGGUUUCUCUGGAUGUGGACGGUGAGUGAACGUUAUUUUUCGAUUGGUUAAUUUGCAUAUACCGUAAAAAGUUUUUGAAUGCUUCGUAUUUAAGUAACUUCUGUAAUUGUAAAUUGAUAACUACAUCUACAAUAUAAUGUGAAGUUUCGAAUCAUCUGACUCAGAAAUAUGUUUACAAAGAUAUUGUAAUAGUCCUUGAACACCGAACCUUUAUCACCAAUAUCACUUUUGACCAUUAUCAUCACUGUACCUGGUUUUUUGGACAUAUCAUAUUUUUGCUGCUUGUUUUGAACUUUUUUUUGAUUUUACGAUAAAUGUUAACUAUUAACUAUGAUAGAAGAACUUAUAGAAGAAAAACAUAGCUUGAAAAACUCAAGAGACGGAUGAAAUGAUUCGAUAUACAACAAAAUUAUUGUUGGCCGAAAAAACCUUUUUUAUUGCUAAGGUGAAAUAGUACAUAUCAAAAAAGAAGAAAUGGAGAAUAAUGAGAUUUGGUUGCUAUUUUCUUAUCGCGUAUAGGCACUAGAGAGUGUGAAUUUUGCAAUCAGUUGAUAUUAUCAUCGUCCAUGAAAGUAUAACCAAAACAUUAAAAUUUUCAUUAUAUUACAACUUCUUUUUCAUAAAAUCAAUUAAUCCCAAUUUGUAUAUGAUCACACCAUUUUUCAGUUUGUUAUAUUGGAACUUCUAUGAUUUUGUGGCCAGAUACUUUAGGAUAUAUUUUUCAACGUCCCUGUGUUUGUUUCUCUUGUUUCGCCAACGAAAUUUUACCGAAACAAAUGACAGUCUGAUGGUACAAUAUCAAGGCUAUGUUGUGGGUGCAAUAAAUUUCCCUAGCCAAAUUUAGUCAAUACUUACCAUUGUCUUAGUAUGAGACAAGAUCCGUUUUAUUGACCAACUACAGGGUUUGCUUUUGUAAUCUGGUUAAUUAUUGGCAAUAUAGUACUAAAUCAACUAUUGAAUUAAGCUUCAGAAUGUUAUAGUAUAUAAUUUCCUUCCAUUCGCACCACAUAAACAGGAUAAUUAUUAUCGCUGGCUUAUAAAUUUGUUCUCACUACACCAUGCUUCUCUUGAGAAAUGGCCACAUUUCAAUGAGUUUGACAAAGUAUAGCAGAUUUCGUCAUAGUUUAUUGAAUUUUGUGCAGUCAAUGAAUUAAUAUAUACAGUUUUUUUAACUGAUCAUAAACUCUUUAGUGAUAGUGUGCAAUCAAAAAAUAGCACCGACUUCUGCAGUGAGAGGCUGCCCGGAGUGAAAUAAAUCUUCCACAAUCAAAUUUCCACCAAGGAAACGUUGGAGAUAGUUAUGCACAAGCCAUUAACCACAACCUCUUCACUCUAAACAGCAAACAACCAAUUUCCUAAGUAUUUGUGUUGAGCUAGAGCCUUUUUGAGGGUAAACACCCUUAUUUAAAACAACUUUUUGUUUAUUGUCCUGCGAAUUUUCUUCCUACAAGAUUUAAUAUCAUGAGAUGCGCGAUUUUUCUAUCUGUAACUGAAGAGAUGCUUUUUCAUAUAAACUGUUAGCUUUUGUACUGGUAACUUGCUUAUAACUAUAUCGUUUGUAUCACUGAUUUCCAGUCCCACCACUUGACGAACAAUUACUAAUAAUUAUUUGAAGUAAAAGAAUUAUUUCGGUCAGGCCUCUUACCUAUAGGUCGCUUCACAUGAUGCCAUACAACGUGCAAUGCAAUGCAAGAUGGAAAUUCCCGCACUUGCAACAUUAUAGAUUUGAGACCGCUUCACAUGAGGCAAUACAACGUGCAAACAAUUGCAUGCAAUUUCUGGGAAAAGCAAAAUAUUGCAUAGGCGAAUAUUGCACGCUAUUCAACAUUAAGCAAGUCUCUUACUACUGCAUCUUAGUUGCUACUAAUCAAAAUUCCAUAAGAAGAAAAGAACAAUUUCUUAAUCUCAAAUUUUAUUUCAUAUUUUUAUACGCUGCUGCCUUGCUUUUGGAGUAUGAUGGGCAGAAAAGAGCACCUAGAAGAUGGUGGACAAAGCUCUGGCCAGAUAGGAUGAGGAAGACAUAAAUUUAUCUAUAGAAUUCAAUCAGCUGAACUUCAUCAACUUCAUACUUUUCAUCGAGAAAUAUUGCGUCUUGCAUUGCAAUUGCACGUUGUCUUGCAUCAUCUCAAGCAACCUUUAGUGCCAUUUUUAUUGCGUGCAAGCUGCAAUUCUGUUCAUUACGCUCCAAAAGCGAAGUAGCAGCAGAUAUAAUUAUUGACAGCGAAUCACUGACCACUUUUCUCUUGUUGUGUCACUUAGCUCUGUUAUUUUUAAACCGGCCGCAGAAUAUUAGAUAAAAUUUGACGUCCAAAAUUCCAUAAGUAAAUAUAGACAAUUUUCAAACCUUAAAGUUUAUUCAAUAUUUUGUGAUCGGUUAAAAAAUGAGAAUAACAAUACUAGGUAUAGUGGAUAAGAAAAAUUGCAUCAACUGCUUUGCUUUUUCAAUCUUAUUGACAGAAAAGAGCAUCUAGGCGAUGGUGGAACAAGCUCUGGAAUUAGAUGAGAAUACAUACAAAAAUUAUUUGACAAUGGAUGAAGAAAUAUUUGAAAAACUCGUAAUGAAAAUAAAACAUAAAGAUAACUAAGAAAUCAUUGAUGAGAGACAUAAUAUCAGCAGAUUAAAAACACAUUUCACUCUAGAGAAAAUUGCAACUUGACAUAAUAAAAAUAGCACUAAACUGAUAAUGUUGCAUUGCAUUAUGUGAAACGGUCUUAUGAACUGGAAAGAAUAGUUCUAUGGAGUGGAUAAAAAUUUUUUUUGUAAGUUAAAAGUAGGAUGGAUGGGAAAGUACGUUUCUCGAAGAGUUUUGUGCAACUUUAAAACCCUAUCUAAUGAUAACUAUUACAUAGAUGAACAGGUAAUAAAUUAUUCGACAUACAACAACUUCAGACUAUAGAAAUAUGUGACGGAAAGAGGAUUUCAAAACUCAUCAAUAAUUGAAUCUUAGCAUAUUUAUAACACAUAAAUGGGACACAUACAUUUUAGAAUGUUAUCAUCAAGUAAAUUAUUUUUUAAAAUAACGUAACAUUAUUCAUAUACGAUAAAUUUCAAGCGCCUCAAUUAUUUAUAUUCUUUUUGCAGGAUUCAAUUUUCUGCAAAUGGGAAUAAUUUAUUAAAAAGAGACGCUCUAUAUAAAGAAAUAAUUUACGUUAUAAAAGAGAUAGAAGAAGUCUUAUUUUCGAAAGAAGUGCCUAAAAUUGAAAUGAAAUAUUAAGUUAUCCUCGGUUAUUUUGUUCUACUCGUAGCAGUAAUUCGAAACAAGCAACUAUGUUAAUGUUUCAUUUCUGUCAUUAUCUUUCGGUACAUAUCUCUAUAGAAUAAUUUAGCAAAAGGUUGCAAAUAUGUCAAGGUAUGAAUUGUAUUUUCAAAAUAUGUUCAAAACGAUAUGCAAACAUGACUUUUGAAAUUUUAAGCACUGACUGUAUUUUGUAAAUUGGAUAGAUGUAUAAUGAUUCUUAUAAAAUAUCUUUAAAUCAAUUAUUAAAAUGUCCUUAAACUAGUCUUUUUUAUAAUUAAAACUUCAUACUUUAUCAUAUUAAUUUAGCUCUAUUUUGGCAUUUAGUGCUUAAAACUGUAAAUUUGACAUUAAAAUCGAAUUUGAUUCGUUAAACUGAAGAAAUCCAUCGUAUUCAUUAUUUCAAAUAGUGAUCAUAGCCAUUUUUUUUUGUUCAUAGUGUACAGAAUUUAUAAUGGAUUGAAUUGUUUAUGUUCUUAUUUCAGAUAAUUAUAAAAAAUAGUCGAAUAUGUUGAUUGUACUAAUUCCAAACAUUAAUUUGUGCAUCCAGAGUAUUCUUUAUUUUCAUGAAAUAAUCCGUAUAUUAUUAUAUCGAAAUCUAUUUCAACGAUCUAAUCAUAAGCCCACAAAAAUAAUAGAUGAAUCUGUAAGUAUUUAUAUUUUUCUCACACGGAAUCGAAUACAUGUGAUACACUUAAGUUUAUACAUUAAAGUGAGGGUUCAGAAUAAAGUUCACCUUCUUAUUGACAAUAACAUAGUCUUAUACAACUUAUUUCAAGCGUUUCUCAAAUUUUAUGGUGAAGUUUCCAAGUUUCUUAUAGUUAUUCUUUGUUUGAGAUCUGCAAUGCUAGAUGUAUGUAUUGAAAUAACCAGACAGACAUAUCAAGACACUUAAUAUGUCAAUCUCUUUGAUUGAUAGAAUUCCAUUGAGUCAGUCUUAAUAUCAACGAUUAGGCUGUUGCUGAAAUCAGAUAUUUUUAUUCGGGUGCUGGGUUUCCCUUCAAAAAUUGUCACUCAUAAUGCUUCUAAGCUGUCAAGUUUCCAUCUAUGAAUAUAGGAUCUAUAUUUUUUGAUCAAACAUCUUUUAAGGACAUAGAGUCUGUAGCUCACGCAUUCAAUGAAGUUUAAUCGCUAAUGAAUAUCUACAGUGUUGUAGGUCCACUACCAUGUUUAAUUAGAAUAAAAAAUUCUCCCUAGAUCUACUCCAUUAUUCUCCAAUUUUUUAUCAUGAUUCGCAUAGAAAAUUUGAUGUUAAUAUAAUAUGGGAUUCAGUUGAAAACUUCUUUUAAACAUCUAUUACGUUUCGCAAUCUGUUAAACCAAUUAACUUUAUGCCAAAUAUUGUGAUUCAAAUACAAACAUGAAUCCAUCAGUUAUCCAUUGAUUAUUGUUCCUGGCCAUUGUCUGGUAGAUUGACCGCCAGUUGGUUCGGGUGUAGUACUAGUUUGCUAACAUGAGUUGCACUGUAUCUUAUAAUCUUUUCUCUAACUGUAUGAAGUUUGAGUUCCCUACGUAUCACAUCGUAAGGCACAUACCAAGUGGCAGUAACAAACCAUGAGAUUUGGACUGAAAUCUUUGUAGUAUAUCAAUAUUGGAGUUACAUGCUGUGCCCAUGACUUUAUUCCAUAAAACCAUUGACUUGGUGAUUACUUUAUAACGAAGGAGUUUAUUACUUAGACUUAGUUUAGAGUACCUUCCAAUUAAUCGAUAGUUGUCGCGGAGUUUUAAACUGAGAUGUUUUCUUUUUGUCCAUAUGUGUUUUUUUCUACGUAAGCCAGUUUUUAGUUGAUAAUGCUUCUCAGAAUUUAACUUUAAAAUAAAACCCUUAAUUUUGUAGUCACUUUUAAAUGAUUCUUGACACUUGAUACAACAAGCCGUUAGAGGCAGUUCAUAUAGAGUAGUUUGUGUUUUUGCAGAAUUAAUGUAAAUUAAGAGAAGAUAUUUUGAGCUCUAACAUUUCUUUGAACAUUUUAAAUAAAUGCUUGCUUGCUACACAAUAUGAUCGAAAAGCCAAUACGAAUUUUUUCAGAACAACAUCCACUUUAGACGUCGUAUUAUUAGUUCUAAUUAUAACAAAUGCAUUAAUUGCGGGAAUAUUGAGUACGGCAUUACAAAUGACACAUUUAAAAGGUUUAGAGGUUUAGACAGACCUGUCUACAACGAAGUUUGAAUAAUGUAAGUAGGUAUGUGGUAAGGAACAAAAGAUAUCAGGUUUCUUAUCAAAUAUUAAUUGAAAUGAAAUCUACUGUGUAGUUUCAUUAUAUCAACUAAGAGGUGGAAGGUUACGCUAAUUUAUAAUACUAUUAGUUUGUUGAGAGGAUCAUGAAUGAUAUAAAAUUAGUGUGUAUAACCCCAAAUUUAAGUUAGAUAGCGUACUUGCGAAUUUAAAAGUUGAUUGUACUCAUUCUUAUUUAUAAUGUUUUAUCAUAAUAUAACAAAAAAUUUCCUUCCAAUAUAGUUAUCGCACUAUAUAUGUUUAUUCUGCGUAUACUUUCCACUGAAUGAUUGAACAAUAAAGAAAAAAAUUUUUCGUAAACGAGAUUCUUUCAAAUGAGAAACUGAAAUCAUUAUUGAAUUCAAUGGACUCGUAUAUUUGCAGCACAUGCAUUAGAAUUUCUCAAAAAUCUAACCAUAUUUGCAAUAAUUUCCAGCUCAAAUAAUAACAAAGAAGUGUAUCGUCGAUGUAUGUUGUGUUUCAAUGACUUAGGCAGCAGAUCCAAUGUCGCUAUAUUCUCGGCACACAUGAGGUUAUUUUCAGUUUAGAUUUCUUCACUAUUCAUUUUUGUAGUACAAUAAAAAUUAUUAAUAAAAACACCCAAAGACAUAUUUUUUUCAUUCUGUACUGUAAAGUUGAAUUUCCAGUACUAAUUUCAAUCCGGAAAAUGGCACUUUCCGGUUUCGUUGAACUUUACAAUUCUCUUAUAUUCUUCCAAUCCCAAAUUAAUAUAGCCUUUGUUUACAAUGUUAUCUACGUGACUUCUGUUAAAUUUGAUUUUUUUUAACAAUAAGACAAUAAUUAAAUGAGCUAUUAUCAGUGAAAUUGUCAAAUAUGACACUUCAUAUUUUAAUAUAAUUUUGCUUUUUAUUUAAAACCGAAAAUAGUAGGAAAAAAACAUAUUACGAUAAAUAGCGAUUUAAGAAUUGAAAUAAAUGUUUGAAUUUUGUCAUUAGUACAUACCAUAACACUUUGAUAUUAUUGAAAAAAUGUUUGUAAAAAUUAUCUAAAGAUUUCGUUAUUAGGAAGAUUUUUCAGUUUCAGUUGAUUAAUUUGAAUAAAUUAUGAUGAAAUAUGGCACAUUUUGACAAAAGUAGAAACUUUUUAUUUUCUUUGUAAAGGCCGCUUGACAUGAUGCAAGUCAAAAUGCAAUAUAUUGCAUGCAAUUCGUUCCAAGAUCAAAAUAUUGUAUGGACGAAUAUUGCAUGUCGCUUGCCAUUGCAUCAUGGUUGCCGCUAAUCAUAAGUAGAAGUAAAAAAUUUCCCAGCCUCAAACUUUAUUUGAUAUUUUGUGGGCAGUUUGAAAAUGAAAAUAACAAAACUAGGUGAAAUAAACAAGAAAAAAGUAGUCAGUGCAUCACUGAAAAUAAUUAUAUCUGCUGCUAUCUUUAUUUUGGAGUCCGAUGGACAGUUUAGCUGGAGAAUUGGAUGAGAAAACAGAAAAAUUAGUUGGAAAUGGAUCAAGAAACAUAUAAAUAAUUCCUAAGCAAAAUAAAACAUAAUAUCAGCAGACUAUAAACUUAUUUUUCUCUAAAAUUGCAACUUGUACGCAAUAAAAGUGGCACCAGACCGAUAAAGUUCGAGAUCUUACGUGACAAAAUCAGCUGAACUUCAUCUACGCAUGUUUUUGAUCAAGAAAUAUUGCGUCUUACAUUGCAUUGCACGUUGUCAAGCGGCCUUAAGAGUUCUAUGAAAAAAUAUGAAUGAUAUACGUGUUAAAAGUUAUUUUAUUUUGUAAGUGGAGAUGAUUAAAAAACGAGCUAAACUCUACGAACUUUUAACACUUGUAUCAUAAUUAAAUACUUCUUCUAUUGAAAAUCCUCAAUGUCUGCUCUAAUAAACAUUUAAUCUUUUGUUUCGUUCCCGUUUAGCUGAUAUGAUAAUUUUAAUGUCAAAUAUAGGAGCUUCGUUCUAACGAAUCAAAAUAUUUUAAUGUUUGAAGAAAUCCCUGUGAUCACAAACUAUGUUGGCUGUAUGCCAAAAAUUGUUAAUUAUUAGCAACUAUUGAGUGUGUAAUUAAUAAUAAUAAUAAUAUAAUAUUGAUAACUAAAUUUAUUUUGGUCGAGAGUUUAUGUAGCUAAUCAAAUAUAGUUGAUUUAUUAAUAACAUAAGAUAUACCUAUAUUAUGAAAACUAAAUGUAUAUAUAUAUUGUAUAAUUGCUGUAUUAAUAAUAUUGUGACGUUUAUUACGUCAAAUGAAACAUUAUGAUUGAGUGUGAGUGAGAUAGGAUAAAUAUUAGAUUCCAUAAUGUUUCAUUUACGUCGAGAGAUCUUCUCAAUUUUGAAUUACACUUGAAACUUUAUUUGAAAAAUAAAGAAGAUGGAUCAA